AAAAAUAGCGUUUAGUUUCGGGUCAGCCAGGAAAACGGGCAAAACGAACAACGUUUGCUGCGACGAGUGCGAAAAGUGGUUGUUUUACGACCGAGCGCGGGUGCGAGUAUUAAAUAUCAAAGCUGUUCCGGCUUAGCUGGUAGCUACUUAGCUAUUUGAGAAUCAUCGCUUAACUUUUGAUACUUUGAACAUGGAAAUGACUGUAGUUUUAUCGGUAGAAUUGUGCACGAGUGAUUUGACCAUUAGAUUUAAUGAAAAUGGAGAAUAAUUUGCGUCGUAACGACAGACGAAAUCAUCGAAAGAAAGCACGUAAACCACCAAAAGUACCCAUCAAAACUUAUCGCUGGGAAGAUAUUAGAAGAGCACGGAGAAGGGGAGGCUACCCCUGGACAUACCUUUACAAAGGUCCUUACACAGAAAAAAUCGAUCCUGAACAAUUUACCAUGGAUGCUUUGAGACGAGCAAAAUCUUCUUCCCCAAUGGGUAGAAGAUCAAACAGGAUCGAAAUUUCAGAAGUAUCCUCUUGGGCUGAUUAUAGUGGAAAAACUACACCCACUCUUUUGCAAGAGCUAAUCGAUGAGCCCAAUGAGAAUGUUUCAGCAAAAAAUAGCAGACCAAGUUCGGUGGUUAUUGAAGAAUAUUUAGAUGAUAAGGAUUUGGAAGAUGAUGUACAAAUCAAAGAAUUCCAAAUGGAAAGUGCAGAAAGCUCAACGGAUAAUAUCAGUCAAUAUUUGGAUAAAGACGACCGAGGGCCCAUGCCUUCAAAAUCGACUGAUAGAGACCGCAGAGCUAAAUCUGAAGAAGAGACUGGCCCAAGAGAAAGGAAACUUUCAGCUGAAAGUAGUUUUAGUUUGACUAAAUUAGGCGUUUUGAAAAAAUUACAAAGCGCUAAAAGUAAAAUUAAAGUUCCCAAGCUGAGUUUUCCUACUAAGAAGUUUACAAAAAGCCGCACUAGUCCACCUAAAGAAGACAAACCUAAAAAAUCUUUAGAAACCACUAGGCUCAAAAAAGUAGCCAAGCCUGAAUACAUUUACAUACCAUUGAAACCACCUGCUGGAAAAUCUGAUGAAUUUUCACAUUUAGAAUUUGAAGUUAAGAACGAAAAAAUACCAGAGACAAAGUCUGAUAAUCGAGCACAAGAAACCAUAGUUGAAGAAAAUAAUAUCAAAAUUGAAGAGCCUAAAGAAGCACAAACUAAUACAGAAGAAAACAAUAAGACUGAACAAGAUACAGAGAAAAAAUCUCCAUUUAGUACCUUGGAAAGAGGACCUAGAGUCACAAAGAAACCUCCAAUAAAAAUCAAUCCUGCAUUUAAGAAGUUUCUACAAGAUGUUAGAGAAUUGAAGGACAAAGAAGAACCUACUGUGAAACAUGAAGAUGUUAAUGAGGAACCUCCUCUAGAUCUUGAAGAACAACAAACGCCAGAAAGCGAAUCCCCGAAAGAAGAUUUUGAUAAACUCUUCGAAGCCAGUACUUCUAGAUCGGAUUUGGCACCGAGUCCAUCUAGAAACGUACGAAGCAAAAGUGCCGAGCCUCAACAAAAAAGACGCUCCUCAAUGGACAGCAGUUACAGCAGAAAAAGUUUGUCCAAAUUGGCCAUAAUGAAGAAACUCAAAAGUGCUUCAGACAAAAUCAAAAGCGCACUGUCUUUGGAUAAUUUCAAGAAAAAAAUCGGCAAGAAGGAGGUUAAACCAGAAGUGAAGGUUGAAAAACCAGAAGUGAAGGUUGAAGAUGAACAUAAAAAACCCAAAGUUACAGUGAAAUCAGGACAUCAUUUGGAUAUGAAACCCAAAAAAAUCGAACCAGUUUACAUACACAUUCCUCUCAAACCGCCAGAAGGGGAAACCGAUGAAUUUUCCUAUUUGGAAAGCGGCGAAGGUGCAACUAAAUCCGACGAACCCGCAAGUGAAGUAGAACCCAUUGACAAACGUAAUGACAGUAUAGAUAGUUCCGGCAGUCCUCAACCAGGAGGUGUACAAUUUAUUUUUCUAACACCCCCCAGUGACGAUGAAAUUUUGGAUAAGGACACAGAAGAAGUACCAGAAACUCCGUCGUCUGCUUCAGAGGACAAUAUGUUCAAUUUUUGUAGUUUGAAAAAAUUGGCUGAAGAUGCCGUCGAUCGAGUUUCACCUGAGAGUAAAAGAAAGGGUUUGGAUACUGUCAGUGAGGAGAGUGAUAAGGGAUCUACCAAUGAGGAUGUUAGUAAAGAUGGAGAUGAUAAAAAAGAAACUGAAGCUAUUGAAAAAGUUGUUGAAGAUGCUAAACCUGUUGAAGAUAUCGAAAAUGAAUCUGAAGUUUCUGAAGCAGAUAAAAAAAUAAUCGUAGACGUUGAAGAUGGUCUAAGUGAAGCUCUCAGGCAAGAAGAACGCCUUAAAUCUGCCCUGAAAACAGCUGAAAGUGGUUCUGGCCCGAAAAGAGUGUCAUUUAAAAGAAAAUCGAAAACACCCAAGGAUAAGGACAAAGAUAAUGGCUAUGAAAUUAUUGAAGUACCAAAAGAGGAAACAAUUGUAAAGGAUAAACCUCAAGUGGAAGAAAAACCUUUAGAAGAAGAAAAAUCCUUAGAUUUACCAGAAAAACUAGCUAUAGACUUAGAUAAAUCGAUGUCUGUGGACGAAGAAAAAAGCUAUUUGGAUGAAAAAAUUGUGAAAGACGUUUCUUUGGAAGAGGAUUACAAUAAAUGGUCCACAGGAGUUGGUGACCAUGAAUACGAACCAAUCAAUCCACCCAAUGACGAUAUCACCAAUUUGACAAUGCCCAGCAUCACUGUAGUGGAUCAAGACAGUGAUCCAAAGCUGGUCAUUAGUGCCAUGGAUAUUUUGGAUAAGCCACCUGUUGAAGAAAAGAAAAGAUCAUUUUUCCAGUUUGGUAGAGGUGAUAGAGAAAAGAGUCAGGAUAGAGGUGAUUCAACGGGGACCAAAUCAAGUUCCAGCCAAAGCAAGGAAGUACCAGUCGAAAUCGAUGAACCACAGAAAUCUAACGAUGGACCGAAUAAGUUCCAGGUGGCCUUUAAACAAGGAACGGACAAAGUCAAAAGCAAAACCAACGAGCUGCGCAACAAAAUUCACAGCAUGAAGCGACCAAGCCUACCCAAAGCACCCGAAUUCAAAAAACCCCACUUCAAAAAACCCGACUUUAAGCGCUUCAAAAUCCAAAAGCCAAAUUUGCACUUGCCCAAACUACCCGACACUGCUACUUUUCAUUUACCGAAUAUUAGCUUGCCUGGUACCCGUAGAACGACUUCUACGAAAACCAUCGAAACGCGACAAUUUUCGACCGAAUCAAACGUAGAUGAUUCGGAGCAGCAAACCAAACGACACAAGUUCGAUUUAACUUUCGGCGGCACAUUCCCCCGUUUCAGGAAACCCAAAAAAACCCAAGAAGUCGUCUUCGCAACGGUACCGCGACCCAAAAACGGUAAGCAAAGUACCACCAUUAGCAGCGAGAGUAGCACGAGAAUUCCUCUACAUUCCGAGGAUUCUAUGGACCCGUCUGAGCACCUUGACUUAGAAGAAGCAACCGAAGCUCCGCGAAGAGGAUACGAAGACCGUGAACCUCCAGUCGACAUGGCCCGAUUACCGAAUCAAAGGUUUUCAGGCGAUGUUGUUCUGGAAGAAGAGUACGAACGAGAAAAUCAAGCAAUCAACAGAGCAGAUUACUUAAGCAGAUGGCAGCAUGGCAAUUUCAAAGAAAGAAACGGAGAUAAUCAAGAUGAAAAAAUUGUAGGACAAUUAGUUGAGCAACGAUUUGGUAAAACAGGCUACAAAGACUACAGUGAUCAAGAACCAGAAACCUUAGAAGCUCGGCUCAGAAAAGACGAAGAAAUACCCCACUAUAUAGAAGACACAGAAGAAGAAGAAUUCGAUUUGAGACUGACCCAACAAAACAGGCACAUGGUCACAGAUCUAGAUAACUUGGAGGAUGAAAAUAAUAGAGGCGGCUACUCAAGCGAAGGCAGCGGAUGCGUACCCAGAAAAGGACGCUUGGGCAAACUGGACGUAGAUUCGGACGAAUUUUUCGUUGUCCACGAAAUCCGGGAAGGCUUCCAAAAUCCGGCCAAUGCCCUAGCGCAAAUGAACGAAUACGAUCCGAUCGGGUCCAAUAGGAGUUUGCCAAUGCAAAUGCAAGAACGACCAGAACCGAUCAAAGCUGAAAGGAAAUCGAUUAAGAAACCGAAAAGGAAGAAGACUCCUCACGUGUCUCGUGAAGAGAUACCUGUUGAUGAAGAGUCUGUGGAAGAAAUCAUAGCUCCUUCUCGGCCAAGGAGGAAAAGCAAACGAAACAAAAAGAAGCAAGAGGAAAAAAUCGUGCCUUAUCAAGAAACAAUCCCACUUGAAAUAGACGUACCACAUGGAGAAAGAUUGGAAUUCCCUAGGGAGAGUUUAGGAAUUUUAGGCGAUGACGAACGGGAGGAGUUUGAAAACGAGAGGAUACAGGGCAAAGAGCAACCUGAUCUUACAAUAACACACCCAUAUAAAGAAUUGCAGGUUGCAGAGCAAAGUUUUAGAGAACGCGAAAAUUGGCCCUCAGCCAAACCGAGCGCACCUCCCAGAAAACACCGCAGCCUCAGAAGCCUCACUAGUUCAGUGAACGAUUCGAUUUUGAUGGAAGACCGACUGGAUCUCGAAGACCAAAUCAUACCCUCUCAUCAAAUGCUACCAAAAAGACCCAGCAGACGUUCUAGAUCUAACACCAGCAGCUUGUCUAGAGCGUCUUUGCCUCCCAGCCAAAGGGAUACUGAUAGUAUUUUCACCGACGAAGGAUAUAUGGCCGAGAAUCAGCAAAUUCCAAGCUAUCUAAUUGAAAACCAGAGCUAUAAGGAACAGUAUCAAGGAAUUCUAGAUCGUCAGCCUUGCAUAGAAGAACCCUGCACCCAAGACAUCAGAGACUGCAUGGGUUAUGCUAUAGUAGACAAAUCUAAGCAAAGGGAUCCUCCUCUACCGCCACCCAGAACGCCACCUAGACGCAGAAAACGCGAAACUGAAAAGUUUGCCACAGUACCGCGUCACAUGGGAUUGAAUCAAUCACAAGCUCCACCAGUACGACCUUUGAGGAAUUACAGCACUUUGAGCCACAUUAGGAGCAGCAGAAAUGGGUCACUAUAUGCUAAUGAAGAAGAUAAGGAGAACCACCAGAUUGAUAUUGGUCAAUAUAUUGAAAUGGAAGAUGACACCAACAGGGAUUUAGUUUCCGGCGAGAUAGUUCAAAAGAUGCGUCAAAGACCAUUGCCAGCACCACCAAGACCCCCUAGAAAAACCAAAACCACUAGGAAAUCUUUGCAGGAUAUCACUUCAAAAGAAAACAUCAUUCCAUCUACUUCUGAGCACAAACAACCUGAAGAAGAAACUGUUAGUACGCAAACUGAACCGUUACCAUCCGAUUUUGUUUGUGAAGAAAUCAGGCAAGAACCUUCUGAUACCAUUAUCACCCCGAGAGUCCAAACCGAGUCUCCUAUUGAAAGAUUUGAAAUUUAUGAUCCUCGUCGCUCCGCUAAGCCCCAAAUCAGACGUGAGAUAAUCACUCCAACAAUGUAUUCAUUCGAAGAAACCGUCACUCAUGGUACUUUAUUGGUGCAACCUAUAGACGGAUCAAAAGUAGUACCAGACCAUCAAUUGUCUAGAGAACACUUGGUACCGAUUACCAAAGAGUUUUCCGAUGAAGAUGAAACUUCUGAGAUACCAGAGAGCUUCAAGCAACUGCGAAACCCCGAAGAACAAACAUUAAAGGCUGAUAAACUUCAAGUGUCGAAUAUCGACGUAGAUAGCCUCACAGUGAAUCAAUUACUGGCCUCAAAGUUAGUGGUGUCCGAAAUUGAUGCCGCAAAAAUAACAACCAAUGAAAUUCAAGGAAAAAGUGGCACACUGAAACUGAGCGACAUUGAACUACCUCCACAACUAUUAGAGCAAUUGGUGAGGCAAAUAAAUAUUCAAGAAGAUGUCAAAAAAAAAACUCCGAUUGAUGAAACUGUCCCAAUAGAAGAACCUACAGUAGAUUUAGAACAUGAAAUUAGCCCUGAACCCCCAAUACCGCCCCCUAGAGGAUGUACUUUAGAUGAAUCAACCCCUGAUGCCCCUCCUAGAUCAUUAAGAAGAAAAUCGAAACAGGAUUCACCUAGAUUAGAAGAUCCUGAAACGAGUAGUGUCCCAAAUCCUCUCCGAACCGAAAUGCUUGAACCUGACGUAGACGAUCAACCUCCCCCUAGGCCUCCCCAACCUUUAGAAGGUUUGUACUUACCCUCGCAGCCUCCUGCGAGCUUUUAUGCUUUGCGCGCCAAGCAGUACGUCGAUGAGAACAUUCCAACUGCUCCAAGAAGGAAACGGCACCAUAGUGGUAGAUCGCGGCCAGUUUCUAGAUCGCAUUCUACCUCGGACGAUUCUUCUACAGUCCACAGGCCACCGAGUAGGUUACCGAGGCGUGCCAGUGAGCCUUCGAUUUCGGAACUUUCCGGACGUCUCGCUCAAGCUUGCGGCUCCAGAAUAAACAACUCACUGAAAAGACUGAUUUAUCAUCUCACCGAAAACCUUUUGCGUAAUGCGGACGGCAAUCAGGACUUGCACGUCUUUAUGAUCAUUCUUUUGGUACUGAUUGCUGGUUUGAUACUUCUUGGGUACGGCGAGGGACGUACUGUGGUUCAUCUACAUCAUUGGGAAUACUUUAAUCCGCCGAAAGACUUGUGAUUUUUUUUUGUGAUGAACACUAGUUUCUGGAUAUUGGACUCGCUGUAACAUACAAUACAAGUGGAGUUUUCUGAUCAUUCGACGAAAUCCGAAUUAGUUUAGUUCCAAUUUUGUAGGGGUGGCGUGCCAAUCAUUUAAGCUCAAAAUGCUCAAAGUAAAAAGGUGCUAAUUUUAAUUUAUAUAGAAAUUGCCUUGAUAUUUGAUAAUUAUUGUUUUUCUUUGUAUUCAUAUUUUUUUUCUAAUUCUAACUUUAAGUUGCCCUUUACUAGUACUAGCCUCUCUCUGUUACUGAAUAUCAAAUAAUUUUGUUGCUUUAAUAUGAAAAAUCCAUUUAAAUAAAAGCAUUAUUAUUGUUUUAA